AUGUUAUGUCUCUUGCUUUUUUCCCUCCUGCUGUUUACUUUUGAGAAUAUUCAGGAAUGUUUUUCACAUAAAAUAUUCACUAUUGAGCAUGGGUCAUUCACAAAUAUCUCUGUCAGUGGGAUAGUUUACGUUGAGGUCAACAAUGUCCCGCCAGCCAGCAAAUUUAUUGUGUACCAAGUGCACAGUCCCUUCAACCCGCUUCUGGUUUCCACAUCAGCCUCUUUUACGUACGACGCCUCACAAUAUUCGGCUCACAGUGGGUUGGUUAGCCCUGUCGAAAAUAAGACGUCAACAUUUUACAUAUAUUCUUCCUAUGCUGUUCCGCUCAAUGUAUGGGUUCAAGCUGUUGCAUAUGGAUCAGAAUUUCCGAUACCAGGUGGUUGUGGUCAUAACUCGCGCAAUGGAUUUAUGAAUGCAGCUAUUACAACAGAUAUAAUGACUAAAAAUAUCAAUCUUUCAAGCUCGAAACGCAUUGAGUUUUUGAGCUACUGGACUUCUGCUCUCCAGUUGUAUGCAGCUUCGGUCCCUGUUGGAUCGGAAAGUUCUAUGUGCCCUCAUAGGAUCCCUGCCAGUAAUCUUUCGGGGAGUCUGAAUUAUCACGUUUAUGGUACACCCCUAAUAACUGCCGGUGGUUCUUAUGGAGCCUUUGUAAAUCCUAGUCCUAAUGAAGUUGCGUCGGUAUUAAAAAACAUGGCUAACUUUGGUCAUCCAUCAUUUCUCGGUACCUACAUACAAUCCUUUCACCAGAGUGAAUUCACUGGAAAUGAUGAAUUUCUUAACAUUAUCGUCUCACGCCGCCCUGCUACAGCAUAUAUUGUCACGAUCGUUGUGGAGUACUCAGUUGCUGGUGAUACAUGGCAAGUGCCAUAUACCCCUGUUAUUCUUUUUGGUUGUCCUGCACAGAUUACGCCCAAUUUCUAUCGCAAUGCUUAUAAUCUACCUACUUUAAAUGCGAGUUUGGAAAUGAACUGUGGUAUUCUUCCUAAAGAUGCACCAGUUAUUUUAUUUCCCGUUGCUGUCCUGCUUCUUGCCGGUUUAUUAUAUGCCGCUUCAUGUAACAUAUGGAUUUGGCCCCGCUGUGCUGUCAGUGCUAUGAUAACGGGGUCUGUUGUCGGACUGAUAUUUUUCUACAGAUUUUCAGACCAGCUCGAUGAAACUUGCGCUAUUUUAGUAGCGAGUGCUUUGCUUCCUGCUUUCUUCUCACUAUCUGUGUUCGUAAUACUGUGGUGGCUCUACGUUCGUCCUACUUUGUAUUACCGACGUAUGUUUGGACAUGGUCCACUUGUAAAUGUAGAAAAUUCUACUGCUGUUCUUGUUAACGAACCAUGGAAUUCAGAUGUAUUGGAUAACAGCUAUCAAAACUUUGAUGCGCCUCUUGGAUCUUCAUCACAGACUGAGCGCACAACAAUGGGUAAUUGUAAUAUAUUGGCUCCAGUUAAUGAGGAAAGAGAAAAUAUUACAGCACUACAACUGUGUAACGAUUUAGUGUAUCAACCUUCUUCAGCUCAUUCAGAUCCAUACGUUUUAAAUGAACAUGGUGGUGUUAAUGAUAAUGAAGACGACACUUGUGUUCGAAUUUGUGGCAUCCAGUUGUGUCGAAGGUCUAUAAGUUCAAAAUUUUUUUCAAAAACUUCGGCGCGUCAACUUAAACCAUUCAGCCUUCGACCUCGUCGCUUUACCCGUUUACUCCCCGCUUUUCCGGCUGUAUUUGUCUUGAUCAGUUAUCUCUCGGUCUCUCUUGAUCGUUCUCUUAAAUUAGACAAAUCUUCAGCUUCAUUUAUUAUCUUCUGUACAGUAAUAUCAGGAUUACUGAUUGGCUUGCUGGGUAUUUUUAAAAAUUUUGCAUUUGGUAUUUCAACUGCUCUUGUUGGCUUCUAUGUUACAUUAUGCUGUGCAAGUUUUUUUCUCAUACCAAACUGUUUAUUACCUCAUAUUGUAAUCGAAUAUUUUUUGAUGUUAACCUGUUUUGAUAUAAGACUACGUACUCUACGCAUCCAAUUCUAUGGUCAAUAUGAUGUGAUUAUUGUCGUAUUAUGGUUUGUUAGCAGUAUAUGUUUUGGUUCUCUAGCGUUGUGUUUGGUUCGUUUACAAGAUGCGCGUGAAUUAUCGGAAGCCCAAAAUUACCACACAAACUCAAAACAUCCAAACCAGGAUGCUGAUACACGCACCCCUAGCAAUAGCUUCUCAUUAUUGAAGGAGGUCAGACCAGGUUCACAAGCUUCAUUUUAUGCACCUCGGAUGCUUCCUGUGCCCAGUUUGCCUUCAAAUCUUAAUUCUACAUCCACUUCGUAUAACUUACUUCCAUCUCCCAAGGUAAAUAGUAAAGUAGAUUUGGAAGAUUCUAUGAAUCACCAUAUACCUGUCGAUUAUUGUCGUCCAUCUGAUUCGUCUUCUUCAAGAGUUCCAACAGAAAAGCAACCUUUGUUGCAGGGGUCUUUUUACCACAAGUAUGGCGGUCUAAUAAGUGCAGGUACUGGUCAUCCAUCUUUGUUGCCUUUAAGCAAAAUUCAGUUGGCUGCUACUUCACAAUCCUUACCAUUCAGUUCGUCAUCAAGUGUAAAUAUCACAGCGAAAUCGACACAAUUUUAUGUAGAGUAA